ACAAGAUCGGAUAUCAAGAGGUGGACUACAAAAUGCUGUCACUGCCACUCCUCCGAUCACUCUCCAGCCGUUACUCUCCAUAUCAAGCUUUUUCUCCUAUUCUCUUCGCCAUCCGCCGCUCCAUGGCCACCGCAGCUGCCGCCGAGGUUGUCAGUCCAUCCACCACCCGUCUAGGAUGGAUUGGUACCGGCGUCAUGGGCAGUUCAAUGUGCGCUCAUUUGAUCAAAGCCGGCUACACCGUCACCGUCUUCAACCGCACCCUCUCCAAGGCCCAGCCCCUUGUCGACAUGGGCGCUCGCCUCGCCAACUCCCCCCGCGAACUCGCUUCACAGUCUAACAUCGUCUUCUCCAUCGUCGGUUUCCCCUCCGAUGUCCGCCAAGUCCUUCUAGAUCCUGAGCACGGGGCUCUGUCUGGUCUCCGUCCUGGUGGAGUCCUCGUCGACAUGACCACCUCGGAACCCUCCCUCGCCUGCGAUAUCUCUGCCGCUGCCUCUGCCAACAACUGCGCUUCAAUCGACGCACCAGUCUCUGGUGGUGACCGCGGCGCCAAGAACGGCACCCUGGCGAUAUUCGCCGGCGGUGAUGAGGCUGUUGUCAACCGUUUAAACCCCGUUUUUUCUCUCAUGGGGAAAGUUAAUUAUAUGGGUCCAAGUGGGAAGGGCCAAUUCGCCAAAUUAGCGAAUCAAAUCACUAUAGCUUCGACGAUGGUAGGAUUAGUGGAGGGAAUCAUCUAUGCAUACAAAGCAGGGCUGAACGUGGCUUCGUUUUUAGAGGCCAUAUCUACUGGAGCAGCUGGUUCUAAAUCUUUGGACUUGUAUGGAAGCAGGAUAUUGAAGAGGGAUUUUGAACCAGGGUUUUUUGUCAACCAUUUCGUUAAGGAUUUGGGGAUUUGUUUGAAGGAGUGUCAAAGCAUGGGGCUUGCGUUGCCUGGUUUGGCUCUGGCUCAACAGCUUUAUUUGUCACUUAAGGCUCAUGGGGAAGGCAAUUUGGGGACUCAAGCUCUCAUUUUGGCUCUGGAGAGGCUCAACAAUGUCACUCUUCCUGCUAUCUAGCCUGGUAAAUUCCUGAGCAUAUACCAAAGCUGUGUUGUGUUUUAUCCUUGCAUCCUUUUGGGACUUAUAGAAUUGUCACAUUCUGUUGUAAUAAAUGGAGUCAAUGUGGCUUUUGAGACUUACAGUUGCUCAUAUUUAUGGCCUUAGAGAAUAAUAUUCCUCUUCAAUCCUUUUGCUGCAUUUAGGAACUUCUAUUUUAAAUUAAGCAAUCAUGUUUUGUCUA